CCAAUCUGGUCCAAAUACAUAUUGUACUGUUUUCAGAUUUUUGCUACCUUACUAGCGGCAUCUUCUCAGAUACCAGUGGGCGUAUCCGUAGCGUAUUCGGCAGUACUGGUGCCUCAGCUAGAAAGCCCAGAAAGUGAUAUUAAAGUUACCGUAACGGAAAGUUCGUGGAUUGCUAGUUGUGUAGCAUUAGUGGUACCAUUGGGGUCGAUUGCAAGUGGCUUCCUAAUGGACAGGAUAGGACGUUUGAACACCAUCAAGUUAACCGCGAUACCCAACACCAUAGGAUGGGCCCUCAUCGCACUAGCAACGAAUGCUCCAAUGCUAUUAAUCGGACGAUUAUUAACGGGGUUUGGAGGGGCUAUUGGUACAGGUCCUGCAAUUGUUUAUAUCACCGAAAUAGCAAGGCCUGAUAUGAGAGGUGCUCUCAUAUGUACUUUUGCAUCGUGUGCCUCUUUUGGGAUGCUCCUAACAUAUCUACAGGGAUGGGUCUCGGAUUGGCGUGUUUUGGCAUGGAGUACCAUAGCGUAUAGCAUCAUUCCCGUAAUAUUCCUUUGGUUCAUUCAGGAGAGUCCAUUGUGGCUGGUCAGCAAAGGAAAAAACGAAAGGGCCAAGAAGUCGCUGGAGUGGUUCCACAAAUACCAUGAUAUGCGUAUCUGUUCAAACUAA